GGUGACUAAGCACUUUUUCAAAAUGGCGGACAAAGAAUGAGUGAAGCAUUUCUUCUUUCUUGAGUGGAGUACUUUUUUGAUCGAAUCUAGCUAGUUUUCCUCGCGAUCAAAUCAUGAAAUACACUGUAUCGGCCAAGGCGUAUGCCAAGAUGCUUCUGCACGCUGCUAAAUACCCUCAUACGUCUGUGAAUGGUGUGUUAUUGGGGGAAGAAGUGACGCAGGAAAGCGAGAUGUUUAUACUGGAUGCCAUUCCUUUGUUCCAUCAGUGUCUUGGACUGGCUCCUAUGUUGGAAGUGGCUCUCACUCAGAUUGAUUCCUACUGCAAAGCAAGUGGCCAGCAAGUUGUGGGGUACUUCCAAGCCAAUGAACAUGUCAAUAGUAACAGUCCAGAUGGAAUAGCUUAUAAAAUUGGAGAAAAAAUUACAGAUCAGUUAGCAAAUGCUUGCAUAUUAAUGAUUGAUAAUACCAAGAUGUCAAUAGCCUGUGAUGAAGUAGCAGUCAGGUGUUACAUAGUGCAAGAAAAUAAAUGGAAGAUGAAUGACAAAGAUCUAUGCAUAGAUGGGGGAGAAGAGACACUAAGCUUGACGUCAGAGCUCAUAGAGGGCAAAGCAUAUCAAAGCCUUGUAGAUUUUGAUAACCACCUAGAUGAUAUAACAUUAGAUUGGUCAAAUCGAGAUAUCAAUAGACUGGUAGAUCUUACUGCUCAGUAACUCUCUUCUCUCAACUCUCUUAUACUUGUUUUUAAAAAAUAUAAUACAUAUUGUCAGAUUUAAAAAAGUAAGUUUUUUUGGGUUAUAAUUAAUGUUUUUUCCAUAACAUCGUUGUAAAAUAUUGUUGUGCAAAGAUUGUCAUGGUAAUUGUCUUGAUUGACAAUCCUUCCAAAAUGUACUUUGACAUAGGUGCAAAUUGUACAAUUCUGUUUUGUGGGCUCAGAAUUACCUUGAGACUUAUUGUGAUUUUGAGCCGUGCCAAUACGGGUUUAUACUAGCCGCCAAUAUAAACCAGUAUUGGCGGUAAAUAACAACAACUUAAAACAUGGCAGACACAACUUAUUGCAACCUGAUUAUUGAUGGUGACAUCUGAAGAUAUGCUUAAAAUAUGCUUCCUUGUUCAGAUUUUCUACACCUUGUGAACUUUCAUUCCAUGCAGCUGAGUUGAUCUUGAGGGCGAACUCAAGGUCAACCAAUCAGAAUUGAGGAUCCAACGUUGUAUUUUUAUUAGCAUUUCCAUGAUUCUGGCAAAAGAACCUAUGAAAAUGACAUUUUUUUCUAGUAGAAUGUGUAAUCUCUGAGAUUAAAUUAUACAUUAAAUUAUUCAAAAUGGUCA